GCGCCCGAGGCUGGAGGGCAGAGGGUACGUGCAGGACGGCGCGCGCAGGCCUCCGACCAGGCUGGAAACUAACCCCCCGCGGGCAAGAGGAAGGGGCUUUUGGUGCACCCCGCGGCGUCCCCCCUGGGCCCCGGGCUUCGAUGCGCUCCACUUCCUGCCGCUCAGGUGACCUUGGGAUUCACAGAGGAGCAGGUAUUGGCUUUGUGCCUCUGCAGCUGUUGGUGUGACUUUCUGGAUGCAAGGCUGGGAAGAACAGGUGUCCUAAUGGGUGUGAGCAAGUUAGAUGUUUUUUACCGACGGCUCCUCCUCACAAAGCUUUUCAUCAGAGGAUGGGGAAGGCCUGAAGAUCUGAAGCGACUGUUUGAAUUCAGAAAGAUAAUUGGUAACCGAGAAAAAUGCCAGAAUAUGGUUUCAAGAGAUUAUCCAGUGUACAUUGACAAGAUUGAAGAAGAGACUGACUGUAAGAUUCUUGAAGGACAUUUUGUUUCUCCAAUGGCUCAUUAUGUUCCUGAUCUCAUGCCGAUUGAAUCUGUUAUUGCCAGGUUUCAAUUCAUCGUACCUAAAGAAUGGAGCAACAAAUACAGACCAGUGUGUAUUCAUCUUGCUGGAACGGGAGAUCACCAUUACUGGAGACGAAGAACACUAAUGGCCCGCCCAAUGAUCAAAGAAGCACGUAUGGCUUCCUUGUUGUUAGAAAACCCUUAUUAUGGCUGUAGGAAACCCAAAGAUCAAGUAAGGUCAAGCUUGAAAAAUGUGUCUGACCUCUUUGUGAUGGGAGGGGCCCUUGUUCUAGAGUCUGCAGCUCUCUUGCAUUGGCUAGAGAGGGAGGGUUAUGGACCUCUGGGGAUGACUGGAAUAUCCAUGGGAGGACAUAUGGCUUCAUUAGCUGUAACCAACUGGCCUAAACCUUUGCCACUAAUUCCUUGUCUUUCUUGGUCAACUGCUUCUGGAGUCUUUACUACGGGUGUGCUAAGUAAGUCAAUCAAUUGGAGGGAGUUGGAGAAGCAAUACUAUACACAGACAGUUUAUGAAGAAGAGAUUUUUCACAUGCUUGAAUAUUGUGGGACAGAUUCUUUUAAAAUGGGACGAGACUUUGUGAGACAUUUCCCUAAAAGUGUGGACAACUUGGCCAAUUUUGAUCUGGCUCCCAGAACUUUGAACCUAGACAUUGGUGAAUCAUUAUGCAUGAAAUCUACUCAGUGUCAAAACACUGGUAAAGCCUCUCUCAAUGCCGGAUCUGAAGGCCUUGUGUUGGAAGAUGUCUCUAAGAUUCAGUCCCUGAGUCAAACACUGUCCACCAAGAAAAACAGUGAUGGGAGCUCUGUAAGUCGAUCAGACCAGCAGUUCAAUGAAGAAAAAAGAAGGAGCACUGUACAGAAGGAAUCUUUAAUGUUUAUGAAAGGAGUCAUGGAUGAGUGUACUCAUGUUGCCAAUUUCUCAGUUCCAGUCGAUCCAAGUCUGAUUAUAGUGGUUCAAGCCAAAGAAGAUGCCUAUAUUCCACGAACAGGAGUCCGAAGCCUUCAAGAAAUUUGGCCUGGAUGUGAAAUUCGAUACCUAGAAGGGGGGCAUAUUAGUGCUUACCUUUUCAAACAGGGACUCUUCAGGCAAGCCAUCUAUGAUGCAUUUGAACGUUUUCUCCAUAAAUAUGCUUAUUGAGUGUAACCAGGAUGAUUACCGUGUUGAAGGUUCUUAUACCAGGCAUUUUCAUCCAGUAUUCUUGUGUGAAGAACAAGGAAACUACAGUGUCUGGAAAUUAUGAACUUAGGCAGCAUUUCAGUUUUGAAGAUCAACCAGCUACAUGUUUUUAAUAUAUUUGAAUCAUUUUUAACAGGAAACUUGCUAAAAUGUUAACAAAUACAGAUAGUUUUCUGUACUGUUUAUUUAAGUUUAAUUCUAAUUAAAUGAAUUAGUUCAUAGAACAUCCAAUAAUGGUAUAAAAAGAACCAAUGAAAUUUAAUUUCUCAAUUUAAUACUCCUGCUUAUAUUGUAUGAAUUUUCAAAAACAUUUGGAUUCACCCUUUGUCCCCAUGUUGAAAUUAGUAACCUCAUUUUUAGGAUUGUUAACUUUGAACUACACCUGUGAUUUGUCAAAAAACAUCUUCAGAUUCCAUAAGAAACUGAUUCAGUUAAUACUGCUUUAAUAAUCAGAAACUUAUGCCAGUGGGGGGUGGGGGGCCAGAUAAUGUCUACAUGCAUCUCAACCAAGUGUUUUUUCCCCAGAUGUCACCUUGAUAAUAAUGAUGAUUAUUAAACCUUUCCCUAAUCCAAAACUUAGGAAGAUAAUAGGAAAUUUGGCACAGUAUAUGUAUUUUAUACUUAAGUGUUAUGUUAUCAGUAUUUUCUUUUCCUGAGAAUGAUUUUUUAGUUGUUGCCAAAUAUUUUAACACAUUUUAUUUAAGAAUAACUUUACAUAAAUUCGAAUGGUAUGUAAUUACUGAAAUGUACUUGAUUUCUGUUUGUUCUAUGCCUAUAAUUUAAGCCAAGACUUGUAUUUUAACAUGGUGAUUUUAUUUUGUUAUUUCACUUUUUAAUGGUCCCAUGAGGUUUUAUUUUGAUGACUUCUUUUAUAGAAAAUGCCAAAUUAGGAAAUUUGUCAAGCUCAGAGUUUGAAUUUUAGUGUAGUUUUGUACAGAUCAGUGUGAUCAAAUUAGUAACUUUUUAAGCUGGAGGAGAAAUGGCUGCUUGGUGUGCAUAGUUUUGGUGGUUACACUUAUCUUAAACAGAAAAAAGCUAGAAUAGAGAAGCUUCCAAGAAAUAUUACUUAGUGUCAGGGAUAUUUAGGAAACUUACUAAUUCCUAGGGGUUGUCUUUGUUUUGAAAUAUACCUAGAGCACUACUGAGUGUAAAUUAAAACAGGAAUUCUCAGCCUUGCGAGAAUAUUUGAUGGACUAUGUGCCUUUACAAUUUAAAAAUAUUUUCAUUUUGAAUUCUGCAAAAUGCCAGUAAAUAAGUACCACAAAAUUACUUGGAAAGCUUAAUUAGCAGUCAGUUUUUAGAGAGAAAAAAAAACUGAAGAAGUUUACCCUACUACAGAGAUGUGUUCUACAGAAAUAUCUUUUGGAGCCAAUGUGACACUUACUAUCCAGUGGUUAGCAUUAUGUAUCUCAUUUUCAUAUGUAGUGUUAUUCAGUAAUUGAGUUCUUUUGGAAGAUUGGCUUUAGUGAAAUGUGAGUUAAAGGAUUUUUAUUCAACAGCUUUUAAAAAUGUAUACUUUAUGAUUGGUAAAAUGAUUGUGCUUCAUUUCCUCAUUUAAUUCACUUAAGAUAUAAAAUUUAUUCUCCAGCCGUAAAUGUUUUUUCCUGUGCUCACUUAUUUCUCUGCUAGUGGAUUUUGCAUGAAAAGUAAAAGUGCGUAUUUUUAUUACUCACAUGAACAGAUUUUCCAUGUAAUUAAAUAAUCUCUAAAAAAAAAAGUUCUUUCCAGGAGUUAUAAAGACAUUACUUUUUUAGAACGGUGUUAAUGGGAUUUUUUUUUUACUUGAAAAAAUGUUAAACUGAAGUUACAAAAAUAUUCCCAUAUUUAUAACUAGACAGAUGAAUGCAAAGAAACCAGUGUUAACCUUUAUGUAUUACUUCAGCAAGGAAGUCCCACCUUGUCUUUUUCUGCUGCCAUGCCAUUUUAUCCCUGUCUGCCAUGAUGAUCAUCUUUGUAAAUAUUAUAGUACUAGAAAUUCACAUUUAGACCUUUAGUAAAGGCUUUGGAAUUUCAUGAUUAUCUACUAGUGAAUAGACCAUUUUAAUGUAUUCAGUUUUCAAUUAUUUCUUAUUCAUGUAAUUUUUAAAUGUGGUGCUUUCUUAUUUGGGGUAUGGAAUUCUGUAACUUUCAAAUUGAUAAUGAUUUUCCUGUUUAUACUGUAUAAUAAAAUCCUUUUUAAAAGUGUG